CAUACUUUGAUUAUUGUACCCUAAUUGUGAUUUCAAAGAGAAGAAACACACACACACAAAAAAAAAAAGUAUGGAGGUAGAGAUUGUGUGGUUGGUUAAAGCCGCUUGGAUCACCGUUUGGAUCGUCUCUAUACUUCCUUUGGUGAUUGCUUCAAUACCUAGUUCAAAGCUUAACUCUUUUCGUGAACUCGUUUUGAGUUUCGCUGGUAGAGGCAAGAUUCUUCACCCAUCCUCUCAGAAGUUUACAGUUCCUCAGAAGUUCUUUGGUCACUUCUAUGUUGUCGGAGUGGUGUGGACAACUCUCCUGCUUGCUGCAACUUGGAUGUAUGCUUGCAAAAUGGCCGGAGGUUCCCACGUUUUCUCUUUCCAUAUGACUCAUGUUGAGCAUCGGUUUAAAGUGGGGCGAGCGGUGUUUCUACUUCUUCUGAUGGAGAUCCAUGUCUUGAGACGUGUUAUAGAGUCAUUCUAUGUAUUCAAAUAUAGCACUUCCGCUCGGAUGCACAUUCUCGCUUAUGUUGGCGCAUUGUUUUACUAUGUAGCAGCGCCUUUGUCACUCUGCUCCAAUAUUGCUCCAGAGGUAGCAAGAUUCGUAGGAAGUCAAGUGGCUGAGUUCAUUGCUAGUGGGAAAAGCCAUAGUCAUGAUUUUAAUUUGUUAUUAUCUAUAAGUCCUUUGAUGAAGCUUGGAUCACUCCAGUGGAUUGGUGGAGCCAUUUUUCUUUGGGGAUGGAUACAUCAACGUCGCUGUCACGCCAUUCUUGGAUCACUCCGGGAAUAUCCUAGUCAAGCAAAAGAGUACAUAAUUCCAUAUGGAGAUUGGUUUGAGAUGGUCUCAUGUCCGCAUUUCCUAGCAGAAAUCGUUUUAUAUCUAGGUUUACUUAUAUCGAGUGGAGGAACAGAUAUAAGCAUCUGGUUACUCUUUGGUUUCGUGGCUGCUAAUCUGACAUACGCAGCUGGAGAAACGCACCGUUGGUAUCUCCAAAAGUUUGAGAAUUAUCCGGCUAGUCGGCAUGCUAUUUUCCCUCAUGUCUACUAAAUGGUUAAGAAAAAAAACACAACUUUGGCCAAGUUUAUACUGUGGUUGAAGUUUCAUAUUUGUGUAAAUGCUAAAUUCUCAAGAACAAAGAUUUUUGGUGCUUUGUUGUGUUAUGCAUGCUUUGCUCGAAAAAG